AAUCAUCACUGGAAAAGUACAAAGCGAUAGUUAGUUCAGUGACACAUGACAACAAUACAGAUCAUCGCGAACCGACUGAUUCGUUUUAAUUUGUAACUUGAAUCAAAAUGUCCGAUCAAAAUUCUAGUGAUCAAUAUUCGACAUGGGUUGGUCUUAUAUACAUUUUUAAUCUAAUUGUUGGAACAGGAGCUUUAACAUUACCCGCUGUUUUUAGUCGAGCAGGAUGGGCUCUCGGAUUAAGUAUUAUUUUAAUAUUAGCCUUUAUAAGUUUUAUCACGGUUACAUUUGUGAUCGAGGUAAUGGCAUCUGCCAAUGCUAUAUUAGCAUGGGAACAUAUUCAACAUCGAAAACGUGUAUGUUUUUCUCAAGAUUCAUCUUUCAACGAAUCAGAAUCUGAGGUACUUCAGACUUUAGAUGAAUCUGGUCCUUCAAAUUCAGACUCUGAAGACACUCCUCUUGUUACACCAUUUUCAUCUAGUCCUGAUCAUAGAGAUAUAACAUGUCGAUAUUAUGUAAUACGUUAUGAAAUAGAAAUGGGACAAAUGGCAUCAAUUUUUUUUAAUAAGUUUGGCACAACUCUGUUCUAUUUAUGUUUUACUAUAUAUCUUUAUGGUGAUCUAAGCAUAUAUGCAGCUGCUGUAACAAAAACGUUAGUUGAUGUUGUUUGUACUUAUCAACCAGCAAAUUUUACAUGUAAUGAUACAAUAGCAGAUACUGAAAUUUGUUGGAAAGAAUUUGCUCUGAAUCGAUCAGAUGCAUAUAGGGUAUUUCUUGUNNNAUUCCUGCUCUUAGCAGGUUCUUUUGUGUUCUUUAAUGUUCAAAAGACAAAAUAUCUUCAACUUCUAACAUCAGCAAUGCGAUGGCUUGCAUUUACUAUCAUGAUUGUGUAUGCUGUAAAAAAUUUAAUCAUUCAUGGUGCACAAGGAAAUCCACCAGUCGCAAAUAUUAUGGGUAUACCUAGUUUAUUUGGUGCUUGUAUUUACUCUUUUAUGUGUCACCAUUCUCUACCUGCGUUGGUUGCUCCAAUCGCAAAUAAGUCUACUUUGAUUCGAUCAUUGGCAUUGGAUUAUUUAUUAAUAGCAUUCUUUUAUCUCUUAUUGGCACUAACUGGAGCAUUCGCUUUCGAACAUUUAGAUGACCUUUAUACUUUAGAUUUUAGCCCCCAUGGAUCAGGAGAUUGUUCUAAAAGUAACAAUAUUCUUAUCAUUCUUAUAGAAUAUUUUUUGGCUCUUUUUCCAGUGUUUACUUUAAGUACGAGCUUUCCUAUUAUAGCUAUUACCCUUAGAAAUAAUCUACAAUCAUUGUUCCUCUGCGAAGAUGGACCUUAUUUGUGUCUUCGUAAACUUGUCUUCCCAAUACUGGUAAUACUGCCUCCAUAUAUGAUUGCUUUAAGUACCAAAGAUUUAUCGAUAUUAGUGGGAAUUACGGGAUCGUAUGCAGGAGCAGGAAUUCAAUAUUUAAUUCCAACGUUCUUGGUGUAUUAUGCCAGGCAAGAAACAAACAGAAUUAUAGGUCUCGGUGUGGUCAAUAAAUUUGCUAGCCCGUUUUCUAGUAAUUGUUGGCUCAUUUUUGUUAUAGUUUGGUCCAUUGCUUGUAUGAUUUUAGUAUCAGUCAACUUCAUACAAAUUCAUUUCCAUUCUGUAAGUGUACCUUUAGUAUAA